GGUUCGGUAGCCCGGCAACAGGCGAGUUGGCGCAGCGCUCACUUCAGUUGUCGAGUCGCCGGCCGAGCGCUAACACUUUUCCCGAACUCAGGUCCCGCUCGUACUUCGGGCAGCUCAUACUACUCCCGGUUAAUAAACGCGAAAACUAAAACUUCGAAAACAUAGUGUGUGUUCAUUUGUGCUACUAAAACAACAAAUAUAAUGUUAUAGGCGUGCUUUAUUGAUAUACGUUUAGCAUAAUCACCGUGAAAGAUGUCCGGAGUCAUUAAAUAUUCAUGAUAUCUCGUCAGUACUACGGAUCUGGCAACGUUUCUCGGCUGUAUCAACAGAAUAAACAAUGAUGGAAACAGAUAAAAUGUCGACAGCGUCCUCGGUGGGGGCUGCAGAAAGACGCCCGUUGCUCCAAGCCUUAGUCAUAGAAAGACGAAUUCUCUUCGGCUGCACAUGUUUCAUAGGGCUCUGCACUUUCUUAUGGAUUGCUGCGGUGUGCACAGAAAAAUGGGUGCAUAUAGAAGGUGGUAAUGGUAUUUACCUGCCCACUGGCCGGUACUUCAUGUCAAGUGACACAGGAGUAUGGGAGAUGUGUCGAUACGUCUUCCAACCGAGUAACAAGACAUUCGUGACGAUGAAACUGACGGCGAAAGAAGCGCCGCUAAAUAUUACCGGAUUGAAGGGAACUUUCAUUACAAAAUGCACAAAUUAUUUGGCCCAGCCCCUUAUGGAGAACGGGCGCCCAAUCGAUUUAGCAUACGAUGUAAAUAUAGCAAAUUAUGUGCGAACCAUGAUAUCUUUCGGUAUCAUCAGUCUGUUCGUCAUGGCGAUGGGCUGUGGCUUCUCCGUGUAUACUUUCCACAACCCUAGAUAUAUGUUCAAGCGUCUUGCUGCGGGCAUACACUUCAUUAGUACGUCAUGCACAUUCGUCGUAGUGCAAGUAAUGAUGUCUUCAGUAGAUCAUAUGAAGAAAAAUGUUAAAUUCAUCUACCCUGAACGUGCCUACCAUUACUAUAACAUCAGCUUCUUCCUGGCCUGGUUCGUCGUUCUCGUCAACCUCUUCGCUGCCGCUUCCUUCCUCUGGUACUCUCGCAAGAGGAAAGGUGACAAAGCAGCUACAGACGAGCUGGCCAUGGCCGAUGAACCCACUAUCAUCGGCCGAUGACGCUUCCAGCUAAAACUUGUCACGCGACAUCUCCAGUCGCGGGAAAGCUUCCUCAAAUCUUUACUGAACAGUGCUCAAAUGACCAAUAGCUGUAACUAUGUUCAAGUCUUCCAAGUAAUGUAUUCUACGAAAAUAAGACUAAGUGAUGCGGCCCGGAUGACGCUUUGCCAUUCGAAGUUGUUUGCUAAAUUGUACUAUUUUUCAAACUGGACUUUUCAAUUUAGAAUCAGUGAUAUAAUAACAUUAACUAGCUGAUUUCGAUUUCUUCUGAACCCUUUUGGAUUUCGAUGAAGUUCUGCUGAAGCUAGAUUUCAGAUAAAAUGUCAAAGCCAGACAAUUAAGCAUCAAGUCGGUUUCAAAAGUCGUCCAUACUCGACGGAAUUCGCUCUCGCACCCGAUUGGUUUUGAGAACGGUGGAAUUUGCUGAAGAAAUUGCUUUCGAUCACGAUCACGAGCUGCAAUGAACUCAUCCGAUUAACUCGAAUAGAGACUUUUCGUUUGAGUCGCAUCACUAACAUAAUUACACAACGUCAGUUUCAGCCUUUAGACGAUUCUUGACUGAUUCUGUUACCUUGAAUUUAAUUACACCCUGAAUGUAAAUCGUGACGUUCAUAUUAUUACGCCUUGUUAAUCUUAUAAGCGACGGAAAAAAUAAUCUUUAUUGCGACAUUUUUUAUUACCAGCUUGCAAUAUUUUUAUGUGAAAAACGUAUUUUAACUUUAUGUAUUCGCCUCAGACUUAUAGGAUUAACGAAGUUAACGUACAUCAUGUUAUAAAAUAGCGGUUUUUUAUAGUUAAAAUCGUAAUCUUUUGCGUUAUUGUGUAAAUAUGUUGUACUUUUAUUAUGCUGCCAUGAGAAUACGUGUAACUUGAUUCUAGUCAUACUUAUUAUAUUUAUAAUGCAUAUGUUUGUAAGGGUCAAUUCCGUAAUGUUUAAAUAUUUUAUAAUGAAAGUAGUCCUAUUUUGGGUAAAUAAAAGAGGAACUUAUAUUUAUACAACUGGAAUUCCUUAUCCAUUUGACAACAAAAUUAAAUCGAGUUGGGACCAACAGGACAUAAAAUUCAUUAUAGUCUAAACACCGGGACUUAUUUUUAGAACUCACAUAGCAGGGAGCGCAGGAAAUGCUAUCUUAGGAUAAAGUAAUGUGAGUUGAAACAGUUACGGAAUGUAGCCUGAAGAGUGGUCUUGUUUAUUCCAUUAUAUUUGCAUUAUCGUGUGUAUUGAUGUUAUGUACGUUAUUCUUAUAUUUAAUUCUUUUUUAUUGAUUAAAUUCUGUAAACUUGG